AUGGUUCAAAAAGGGACGGCUCAAACAAUGCCCAAAUCAUCCUCAGCUUCUUCGGCGAUGCAGCUGGUAUUGGAUGAAGUUGGGCCGAUGAAUAAACGCUCAUCAACGUCCUGCGAUAACAAGGAAGACAACUCAAUAAACUUGACACCAGAGCCGUCGAUAAGUUCAGCUGAAAGAAUGGCCGAUGGAAUUCAUGAUGAUAUCUCCCAAACAUCUUCAUUAAUGGAUGACACGUCUUCAAGUGACAAUGGCUCUCGACAAUCGUCAAUGCGACCGAACUAUGCUCCGUAUCGCUCUGUCACCCAAGGUGCAAAAAUGUUUGAAUUGGUCAAAAAUGCAGUCAAACAUGACCAAGUGAAAAUGGCUAACGCGAUGGCUUCAACGUUGCCAGUUCCUGGAGCUCGCCGACUUGUUACUCAAAGAUCAGUCAAGAGCAUAAACGAGUCCAUAAAUAGCUCACAUGGUGCUUUCACUCCUCAAGGAGUUCCUCUCAAUAUGGAUAUCUUGGAAAAUCCAUACGAACGCGGCUAUACUUAUCAAGAUAUCAUAAAUCUGCGCCGACAAUUCGAGUUUCAUUCGCAGAGCUUGAACGAAAGCAUGGAAGGAAACGGGCCUAUCAAUGACAUUGAAAUGGAAGAUGUCGUUGAAAAUCCAAUGCUUUAUAAAUCUGAGUUAGAAAUUGCGACUCCAUCCCUUUCGCCUUGUGAGCCUCGGCACUCGCCCAACUCAACAAUUAUCAACCAAGACUUCCUCGACGAUCACGAAGAUGAGCAACUUGACUCCCUCUAUUUGCCAUCGGAAGUUCAAGGCGAAAUCUCGUACUCCUUGAGUUACAACAGCGAGGAGCUAUCCGUCUUUAUUGGCCGCGUAUUCGAAUUGGAUUUUACCGACAAACGACGGCGAAUGGACUUUCAAGUGAAAGUAUUUCUCCUUCCCGACAGUCAAACGACUUUCCCAGAAAAGCCUAAUGCACCAGCUUCAACCGAUGCCCAUUCAAAACCAUGUAACGCUCAUUCUUCCUUCCCUCAUCGAUCAGAAAACGGCGUUUUCCGCCUCUGCGUGCUUCUUGCCAACAAUUUAAUUCCCUCGCCAAACAGCUCGUCUAGCGGUGCUCGAGUUCGUCCGUUUCUCAAAAUACACUUGUAUCCUUUCAAAUGGACGAAGAAGAAGACUGUUCCUUCAGAUCCCACGGAUCUCUGCCCCGAGUUCAACUCGACGUUUCAAUUUAGAGGGAUGACGAAAGAGAUUCUAGCCGAUUGCUCUCUGGAAAUUUCUGUUUGGGACUACGAAAAAAUCAAGGAAGCUAUUUUCUCGGUGGAGUUAGGUACUGUAAUGGACGGAGCCCAAGGGACGCUCUUAGAGGCGAUCCAUAACGAAAUGAAAGGAGAGGACAUCGCGAAAGCGAAGAAGAACAAGAAGCCUUUGUUUCUUUCCAAAAAGAAAGCAACAAUGAGCAGAAAUCAGUCAAAAGACGGCUCAAUGUCAUCUGGUGUUCAUUCUGCCUGCGAACAUGACAUGCAUCCUGAUCUCGGUCUUCACUCCAAGAAUCACCAUGCCAAAUCUCGAACAAAGCCAAAAAGAACAACUGAUUCGAGUGCAGCUGUUAUGGGAAUGAAGCCUUCUAUGUCGAGCUCUUCUGGGGAGGAUGAGGAUCAACUUCCACAACUUAACUGUGGUGUUGCUGACAGUGAGUUGGUCUUCAUGACAGAGCAACUGAACAGGCUCAGAAGCCGAGAGAAAAGACAAAAAAUUGCGGAGGCCCGAUUGACUGUUACCGAAGCAAAAUUGAUGGAAUUUGCAGCAAAGUUAGCUGCGCGAAAGUCGAAGGUGGAGGAAAAUCACGCAAGACUCAAAAAUCGGAAAAAUCGCAUUAGAGAGAAGGAAGAAAAAAUUCGAGAGUUGGAGAGCGAGCUAAAUGCCCUCGACGAAGAGAUAAAAAGCAAAAGCGAUAUUCUUAAAGAGCGCGAAACGAAAUUGAAGACGCAGGAGUCGGGGGCCACGGAGAAGGAUGAACAGCUCAAGCAGCGCGAAAUCGAUGUUUCCGAAAAGCUGAAACAGAUUGAGCAGCGACAGCGAAUCGUGGAGAAGAAAGAAACUAUGAUCCGUGAAAUGUCGCAACUUUUAAUCUCGCAAGAAAUGAGUUCCACGCGCGAGCUCAAUUUUCAUACGCGAAGAUUCAACAGAUAUGGAGAUGAGCGAAAACAUGCUAGCGACGAAGAAAUAUACGACACUUUCAGCCGUUCAAAAUCAGCGAUGGAUCUGACGAAAAACCUUCAAAUGGCGAGUGUCUGGGAUGUUGAGUACAACAACAACAACGGACUCAAUCAUGGUCAACAGUUAUCUUCUUCCACCCAGAAUCAGCAAAAUAUGCAACAGCUACGCACACAGCCUCAUGGGAAGUAUGAGCCACAUUCUAUUCAAGAAAUCGAGCCAACUACGAGCGGCUCGAGUAGCAAAAAGCAGAAAAACGGCUUUCAGCGAAUGUUUGCUAACAUGAAAAAAUCAAAGUCAAUGGACAAGCUGAAUACAGCAGAAAUGAUAUCUUCUUCGCGCGACAUUGAUAUGGGUUCAGAUUUCAAUGGUGCUGCUCAUAACUCUGGAAAUGAGUCUCCAAAGAAAUCACCUAAAAACGGGAAGUCGAAGAAAGGAGCGCCAUCUAACAGUGGAUCAACGGUACCUGAGCCGCCCAUGAGGGUUUCGUCCAUGGACUCACGUCAUAUGUUCCAAGUUGAUAAAGGAAAUUUUACAAACUUCCAGGAAAAUCGAAUCGCUCAAUUUAACAACCCGCAAUUUAUGUUUUCUGAGUACUGCAAUCAAUUCGGCGAUAACAAGAAAUCGGUUUCAUGGGGACAAUCGGACGAGCCCGGUCAGCCUACAAGCUCAUCUGUUUUCGAUAUGCGCAAGCCGGGGCCGCAAUACAACAUCACAACCCGGAUGAAUAUCUGA